UGUGCUUCUGCUCUAUAAUGCCUCCUGCUAUGGCGGACACCCUGGACAUCUGGGCAGUGGACUCGCAGAUCGCAUCUGAUGGCUCCAUACCUGUUGAUUUCCUUCUGCCCACUGGGAUUUAUAUCCAGUUGGAAGUACCCCGGGAAGCUACCAUUUCUCAUAUUAAACAGAUGUUAUGGAAGCAAGUUCACAAUUACCCAAUGUUUAACCUCCUUAUGGACAUUGACUCCUAUAUGUUUGCAUGUGUGAAUCAAACUGCUGUGUAUGAGGAACUUGAAGAUGAAACACGAAGACUCUGUGACGUCAGACCUUUUCUUCCAGUUCUCAAACUAGUGACUAGAAGUUGUGACCCAGCAGAAAAGUUGGACUCAAAAAUUGGAGUCCUUAUAGGAAAAGGUCUCCAUGAGUUUGAUGCCUUGAAGGAUCCUGAAGUGAAUGAAUUUAGAAGAAAAAUGCGCAAAUUCAGUGAGGACAAGAUUCAGUCCCUGGUGGGGCUGUCGUGGAUUGACUGGCUGAAGCACACAUACCCGCCUGAGCACGAGCCGUCUGUCCUAGAGAACUUGGAAGAUAAACUUUAUGGAGGAAAGCUGAUCGUGGCUGUGCAUUUUGAAAAUAGCCAGGAUGUAUUUAGUUUUCAAGUGUCUCCCAAUCUGAAUCCUAUAAAAAUAAAUGAGUUGGCAAUCCAGAAACGCUUGACUAUUCGCGGAAAGGAAGAUGAAGCCAGCCCCUAUGACUAUGUGCUGCAAGUCAGUGGGAGAGUGGAGUAUGUAUUUGGUGAGCACCCACUGAUUCAGUUCCAGUACAUCCGGAACUGCGUAAUGAACAGGGCGCUGCCCCAUUUCGUCCUCGUGGAAUGCUGUAAGAUCAAGAAGAUGUACGAGCAGGAAAUGAUCGCCAUAGAGGCCGCCAUCAGCCGGAACUCAUCCAGCCUUCCUCUCCCUUUACCACCAAAGAAAACACGAGUUAUUUCUCAUGUUUGGGACAACAACAACCCUUUCCAAAUUGUCUUGGUGAAAGGAAAUAAGCUUAAUACAGAAGAAACUGUAAAAGUUCAUGUCAGAGCUGGUCUUUUUCACGGAACCGAGCUCCUGUGUAAAACCGUCGUAAGCUCAGAGAUAUCAGGGAAAAAUGACCACAUUUGGAAUGAACAACUGGAAUUUGAUAUUAAUAUUUGUGACUUACCAAGAAUGGCUCGAUUGUGUUUUGCUGUUUAUGCAGUUUUGGAUAAAGUAAAAACGAAGAAAUCAACAAAAACUAUUAAUCCCUCUAAAUACCAGACCAUCAGGAAAGCUGGGAAAGUGCAUUAUCCUGUAGCAUGGGUAAAUACGAUGGUUUUUGACUUCAAAGGACAGCUGAGGUCUGGAGACGUUAUACUGCACAGCUGGUCUUCGUUUCCUGAUGAGCUGGAAGAAAUGCUGAAUCCCAUGGGAACUGUGCAGAUGAACCCAUAUGCUGAGAAUGCAACUGCUUUGCAUAUUAAGUUUCCAGAAAACAAAAAGCAGCCUUAUUAUUACCCUCCCUUCGAUAAGAUCAUUGAGAAGGCAGCCGAGAUUGCCAGCGGAGACAGUGCUAAUGUGUCAAGUCGGGGUGGAAAAAAAUUUCUUGCCGUAUUGAAAGAAAUCUUGGACAGGGACCCCCUGUCUCAGCUGUGUGAGAAUGAAAUGGAUCUCAUUUGGACUCUACGGCAAGACUGCCGAGAGAAUUUCCCACAGUCACUGCCAAAACUACUACUGUCAAUCAAGUGGAAUAAGCUUGAAGAUGUUGCUCAGCUUCAGGCCCUCCUGCAGAUUUGGCCCAAACUGCCUCCCAGGGAAGCACUGGAGCUCCUAGAUUUCAACUAUCCAGACCAGUACGUCCGGGAAUAUGCUGUAGGCUGCCUGCGACAGAUGAGUGAUGAAGAACUCUCUCAGUAUCUUCUACAGUUGGUGCAAGUUUUGAAAUAUGAGCCUUUUCUUGAUUGUGCUCUCUCCAGAUUCCUAUUAGAAAGAGCACUUGAUAAUCGGAGGAUUGGCCAGUUUCUGUUUUGGCAUCUUAGGUCAGAGGUGCAUAUUCCUGCCGUGUCUGUCCAGUUUGGUGUCAUCCUGGAAGCAUACUGUCGCGGAAGUGUGGGCCAUAUGAAAGUGCUUUCCAAGCAGGUUGAAGCACUCAAUAAGUUAAAAACUUUAAAUAGCUUAAUCAAACUGAAUGCAGUGAAGCUGAACAGAGCUAAAGGAAAGGAGGCUAUGCACACUUGCUUAAAACAGAGUGCUUACCGGGAGGCCCUCUCUGACCUGCAGUCACCUCUGAACCCGUGUGUCAUCCUCUCAGAACUGUAUGUUGAAAAGUGCAAAUACAUGGACUCCAAGAUGAAGCCCUUGUGGCUGGUCUACAGCAGCAGAGCGUUUGGAGAGGACUCGGUGGGAGUGAUCUUUAAAAAUGGCGAUGAUUUGCGGCAGGACAUGCUGACACUGCAGAUGCUGCGCCUGAUGGACCUGCUCUGGAAGGAAGCUGGCUUGGACCUUCGGAUGCUCCCCUAUGGCUGUUUAGCAACAGGAGAUCGCUCUGGCCUCAUUGAGGUUGUGAGCACCUCUGAGACAAUCGCUGACAUUCAGCUGAACAGUAGCAACGUGGCAGCCACCGCAGCCUUCAACAAAGAUGCACUCCUGAACUGGCUCAGGGAGUGCAAUUCUGGGGAUGAUCUGGACCGAGCGAUUGAGGAGUUCACUCUGUCCUGUGCUGGCUACUGUGUAGCUUCUUAUGUCCUUGGCAUUGGUGACAGGCACAGUGACAACAUCAUGGUGAAAAAAACUGGCCAGCUCUUCCACAUAGAUUUUGGACAUAUUCUUGGAAAUUUCAAAUCGAAAUUCGGCAUUAAAAGGGAACGAGUACCUUUUAUUCUUACAUAUGACUUUAUUCAUGUCAUUCAACAAGGAAAAACAGGAAACACAGAAAAAUUUGGCAGGUUCCGACAGUGCUGUGAAGAUGCAUAUCUGAUCUUACGGCGGCACGGGAAUCUCUUCAUCACGCUCUUCGCACUGAUGUUGACUGCAGGCCUUCCUGAGCUCACGUCAGUCAAAGACAUACAGUAUCUUAAGGACUCUCUCGCCUUAGGAAAGAGUGAAGAAGAAGCACUCAAACAAUUCAAGCAGAAGUUUGACGAGGCACUCAGGGAAAGCUGGACUACUAAAGUGAACUGGAUGGCACACACAGUUCGGAAAGACUACAGGUCUUAGCGUCAGCCUUUGCUCCUCGCCCACCUGUCCGUUUGUUUCUUUUCCAUUUUGCACUUGCACUAAAUUGAACACAAUCCUGCCGGAAAUGCAG